AGAUCCGGCCGGGAGGGUGGGAAUUAGAACCGUGGAGGAAGCGAGUUGGGCUUCCGCUUCGGCUGAUAGCCACCGUGGCCUUUUGUGAUUGUCUUUCGUCGGCUGUGUCGUCCCACGUGUCAUCCCCUCUGCUGAGCCCGUGGAUCUCCUCAACUGCAAUCUUGACUUCUACCUGGGUAAAGGGUCUCACUAUAUUGCCCAAGUUGGCAUUGAACUCUCAAUCCUGCUUCAGCCUCCCAAAUGCUGGAAAUUGAAGAGAAAUACUGCCAUCUAGGGUUGGAACUGCGGAGUGAGUGUCUUUGUCGCAUACUUGGUGGUUCUGCUGUCGGCAUCUUGCUACAGAAGCCCCAGUCAUCCUAGCGACACCGAAAGACAGUUGCUAUUAUCACCACAGGUGAGAGUCCUGGCUCCCUUCUCAUCAACCACCAAAUAGCUCCAUUGUCACUGCGGAAACCUCUUCACAGGAGCCAUAUAUUGAAGAGAAUGUCUGGAAGCUUCUACUUUGUAAUUGUUGGCCAUCAUGAUAAUCCGGUUUUUGAAAUGGAAUUUUUGCCAGCUGGGAAAGCAGAAUCCAAAGAUGAUCAUCGCCAUCUGAACCAGUUCAUAGCUCACGCUGCUCUUGACCUUGUGGAUGAAAACAUGUGGCUUACGAAUAAUAUGUAUUUGAAAACAGUGGACAAAUUCAAUGAGUGGUUUGUGUCGGCAUUUGUCACUGCAGGGCAUAUGAGAUUUAUUAUGCUUCAUGAUAUAAAGCAAGAAGAUGGAAUAAAGAACUUCUUUACUGAUGUCUAUGAUUUAUACAUAAAGUUUGCAAUGAAUCCAUUUUAUGAACCCAAUUCUCCUAUUCGAUCAAGUGCAUUUGACAGAAAACUUCAGUUUCUUGGGAAGAAGCACCUUUUAAGCUGAAUGCAGAAAAUUUCUGAAGAAAACCAGUAUCAUCACAAUGGAGAAUACUCAGGAAUGUGUGCUUUGUGGCUUGAUCUUGAUGUAACUUACAUUCAAAAACAAAUGUCAUUAAGAUUUGGUAGAUUUCAAAGUUUCUGCAGAAGUGAGCAGGCACUGGUGGCUCACACCUCUAACCCAACUACUCAGGUGGCUGAAAUCUGAGGAUUGCCAUUUGGAGCCAGCUCAAGACAGGAAAGUCCAUGAGACUCAUCUCCAAUUAAACCCCUC